GUGCCCAUGGCCGCGGCGCGGUUUUUCAAGGAACCCGGGCAGAAGCCCUUUAAGCUCCUAGGAAUUUUAGAUGUGGAGAACAUUCCCUGUGCACGGGACUCAGUAUUAUAUGGUUCAUUAGGAUCUGUUGUGGCUGGCCUUGGACAUUUUUUGUUAACUAGUAGAAUUAGAAGAUCAUGUGAUGUUGGAGUAGGAGGAUUUAUCCUCGUGACUUUAGGAUGCUGGUUCCAUUGUAGGUAUAAUUAUGCAAAGCUAAGAAUCCAGGAAAGAAUGGCCAGAGAAGGAAUUAAAAAUAAGAUUUUAUAUGAAAGUACCCACCUUGAUCCUGAAAAAAAAACCAACAGCAGCAGCACCUGAACAGUCUCGAGCAUAGAACCCAAAUACAACUGAUGUCAGUGUGAACCAAGAUGAGAUCAACUAUGUAAAACAUUGCAUGUGCCAUAAGGUUUUCAAUCAAGUAAAUAAAGCAUGUGUGAGUUGUAGUCUUU